UGUCAGGCUUGAUAGAACUAUCCAAUAUAUUCUUGGUUUCCCGGGUGUCUCCUUUGCAAUGCUGCAUAGACAAGAGGACGAGGACGACUGCUGUUCAAGACGCAAGGAAAAAAGUUUUCAUGUAGUAUAUCUGCAAAAUAGAAAUUGCAAAUGAACAGCCUUGAAUUUAGUUCUAAGACCUAAACAGGCCAGUCCAUUUCUCAUGGUCUGCAUGCCACAGUAGAAUCACUGCAAAAAGUACAUGUUGUACUAUUCCUUCAUUGCCCUGAACUUGCUUCAUUUCAGGGUGUACGAUGCAAACGGAUAUGGUAUGGAUUUGUAUGGAUUAAACAAAGAAGAUACACCAUGCUGACAGGUGAGCUCCACUGGAAGGUUACAGUAUGAUUUACAUGCUAUGCUCCAUUUGAUAUAGUUGUUUGCAUGAUGUAUCUAUCUACCAUCUAUUGGUUUCCUGGUUUCCUUUUAACGCCUCUUAAAAGGCUGGUGCAGAAACACUCACACCAACGGAGAUCGCGCAACAGCUACAUUAUACUUUGAGUUUUCUAAACCACCAAUGGAAAAUCACAUUGAUCUGGGUGAGCACACUUUUAUGUUGAUCAAUGGUCCUCUAUUCUUCAUCAACCUCACUGCAAACAUCUUCUACGCAUGCUGCCUGGUCUUUCCACCGCGCAGCGGACAAAGACUCGCGCAGCCUUUGACGACGCUUCUGGGAUAUCUUGUCUGGUGCUCAGUGAUGUAUUGUGUUGCUUUGCCUUUAAUGUUUUGGGCGCUAAAGGAAGGAAAAAGCUAUUACAUAUUUCUUUUGUCCUGGGCGAUUGUGCUCUACAUUAUGCACUGCAGCAUGACGUGUUACGUCUGGCUGAACUUCUUCUUCUACAUCCAGAUUGUCCCUGUGCGGCGAGCUCUUUUGAUCUGGAUUAAGAGGAACGUGAAGUCUGUCAUGUACGGGGCUCUGCUUCUCGAAGCGAUGUUCGUCUUUUACAGUAGCGCAGUGAAUAUAGCAUAUAUAGUGUCUCACAUGUCCAGCGGCCUCACAUGCUUUAAUGGCACGUGCCCUACAUAUAGGAUUCCACUGGUCUUCUCAAACACGGCUUUUGACAUCAUCUUCAGAGUGCAUAUCCUGCUGUGUAUGUGUUUCAUGACCGUUUCUAGCGUUUCCACGGCCCACUACCUGUGUAGACACAUGAGGAACAUGGCACAGAGUGGCAGCCCCUUCAACACUCGGAGGAGGCCAGGUCAGAUGAGAAUCACCAUCACUGGGCUCUCCCAGGGAGUACUCUACUUCCUCUAUGAGACGUACUAUUUACUUUAUUCAUUGACCAACUCCUACUCCCAGCACAUUUUACUCGGUCCGUGGAUCUGCUUCACGGUCACCACCCUGUACAUAUCAGGCACCACGUUCAACCUGGGCGUCGGUCAGGUCAUAUUCAGACAAAGGGCGGUCCACAUCUGGAUGGCACUCAAAGCAAUGUGUCAUAUUGGCUUGGUAACAAAUGGGGGUGAAGUCCACGCUAGCCAGCUGACAUUGGGUGAAAUAGCCACUACCCAAACGGUUUCUGUUAAAAUGUCAUAGUGAUUAUUAUGACUAGUGGUUACUGCCGUCCUCUGUAUCUCUGCGGCAGCUUUCAACUUUUUAAAAAAAAAGACAAAGAAAAAAAAAGAAUUCUGUUGUCACUGGGGUUAUCUUAGCUUUGAGAUUCAACAUAUAAAACCGAGCGUCUGCUGUUGUGUGGGGUUUGGAAGAAGUGUGCAUUAUUUAUUUUUUAAUCUGUCCUCUGACUCCCCCAACUCUAUAAAAGUGUAAUACUGGAGUGCCUCUUUUAUCUUUGCAUCUGUACGUUUUACUGACUCAGCAAAUGAACAUGAUGACAGAAUAAAAUCAUGUAUUGGCUGUAUAACAAUUAUCAUGUGAUUUUACAGUAUAUAUGCUUUAUUUGCUUUUAUCACUUUAUUUGCAUAUCUUAAUUUGCAUCUGAUGCAAAUACCUCAGAUUUGCUACAUUACGCGGAGAACCUCACAGGUUUCAACAAUAAGAGCACCACAAGGGAAGAGGACACUGCAGCAAGGACACUGCAAUGCAAACAAACUAAAUGAAGACGGAUGAAGAGGGAUUGUCCACACAUCUACCGGCCAUGUGCACAUAUGCACAUGUGCAGCCGGAUCUGCUACUUCUCAGAGCAAGGACGACCAACUGCAGACAGUAAAAGAAGGACUGGGUGCACUGUUUGAUCUGUGGUCUUUCAUUUUGCAGACAGACCAAUGUUUGCGUCUUCAUCAGAGUAAAAAAUGGGGAUGAACUUACUAACCCGUGCUCCACUAAAUUGGCUUUCUGUCAUUCUCAUUGGGGCUAAUGUAUUUUACAUCGUGUGACUUAUCCCAUGGGACAUAUCAGUCCGUCAAGCUUCUCCUGGGGUCUUUCGAUUUGCUGUACUCUUGCUUUUCAGAUGUCAGACACUUGUUGUUUUUUUAACCUCAUAACUAACAAUAGGAAUUUCAUACCAAACUCAUAUUUGGUAUCUCUUUUUUAAACAUUUUGUCCACUGGUAUGACUUCCUCUGUUUUUAGCUAAACUCCUACAUGGAUACAAGCUGCCCCUGAAGCCUGGAAUAUUCCUGUAGAAGCUCAAAGUCAAUGAUUGACUGAUUUCGUGUUUUAAAGGUCAAACCUGUGUGUAGCUUUGUUUUUGUUCCCAUACACUUUCUAACUGUAAAAUUCUGGAGAGACUAAGGUCAAACCAAGACCCCUGAAAAUAAAUGCUGUAAUUUUCUACCAAAUACUGAGACAUUUGUAAACGUAAAUUGCUAUGUUUGGAAUCUAAUAUGUAAACACAAUCACAAGUAGUCACAUUAAAACAUAAAAAACAAAGCAGAUCAUUACAUAAUGUCAUUUUUCUAGCAAAUUUAAUUGGGAUAUGUAUUAUUUUUAUAUUCUGAUUUGCCUGUAAUGCAAAAAGCUCAGAUCUGUUUCAUUGCACUGUUUCAUACAUGAAUGGAAACUACAAACAAAUUACAGAUGGACUAUGAAACGUG